CUGUCAAAUUCAAGACCAGAAAAGCGUCAUCAGUGUCAAAGAAAGUUUCAUAAAUUGUUUUCGAUGCAAAUUCUAAUAACAAUCAUUUAAAAAUGCUAGAAAAUUGGAAGAACUGGUGUAGAUUUUGUGCAAAAAUAGAUAUUUCAAGUGAAGAUGGAGCACAGAAGAUGCAAUCAAUUACAAAUCAACUGGAAGUUAUUUGCAAAUACCUCAUGAUUUCGCUUCUUCCUUUUGAAGGAGUGGAAUCUUCAAUUUGCGGUGAAUGCAGCAGUUUCAUCACAAAAGCAAAUGACUUCAGAAAUCGAUACCAAAAAGCGGAUGAAAUGUUCAAAGAACUCAUUAGUCGAAAAAACAUCACACAACAUGAUCUUGAAUCCAUUCGCUUCAAAUACGGAGUUGAUAAUGAAGAUGUGAAACAUUGUCCAGCAUUGACUGAUACUGAAAAUCAUUCCGUGGAGCAGGAACAGUCCCCUGAUCCUCUUGAAGUGCAGAUAGAGGCUCCUGUUAUCAUAAAGCAGGAAAAAUCUGAGGAAGUUCUACCAGCUCCUAGAAAACGUGGACGACCGAAGAAAUUCACUGAAAGUUUAAGUAUGAAAAAAGCAAAGAUAAAAAAGGAGAAGGAAGACAAUGAAAUGAACGAGUUAAAAAUGACUGAAAUAACCGAUCAUGAAAUGACGAACACUGAACCAAACAUCCAAAGUCAAAUGAAAGAUUCUCCUUCGAAGAAACGAAAGAGAAUCUGGAAGGGUCCAAGGGAAAAGAAGCAUUUCUGCAUAGAAUGCCCGAAGAAAUUCAAUAGACCACAUUUACUGAAAGAACACAUUCUUGAAGAGCAUCGUCAGGAAGAAAUGGCUCACAUGUGUUCAGUAUGUUCCAAACGGUUUUCCUGUGCUAAAAAACUAAAGAUUCAUGAAAUUAGCCAUCUUCCUGUAACUGAGGGACUUAUCUAUUCCUGUCCUCACUGUGAUAAAAAAUUCAAUCACAAAUACAAAAUACCUUCACACAUUCGAGCAAUGCACACAGAUGACAAACCUUUUGUGUGUGAGGAAUGUGGGAAUUCUUUCAAAACUAGAGGCGCACUCAAUGCUCAUCAGAUCAGUCAUACAGAAGAACGAACGUUUCAGUGUUCAAACUGUCCCAAAAAGUUCAAGAAUCAGCGCGCCCUCAAGCGGCACGAUGAGGAUACCCACCAAGACACUACACAUGAGUGUCCGCAUUGUGAUCUUAAGCUCAAAAACCGCAGAACCUUUAGAAGCCACUUAUUAGUUCAUUCAGAUAUCAAAAAGUACAAAUGCAACUACUGCGGUAGUGAGUUCAAACGUCGGAAGACUUUUAAGGAUCAUCUUAUAUUACAUUCCGGUCAACGACCCUAUGAAUGUCCUUUCUGUGAUAAAACUUUCGCGAAUGGCUCUAAUUGCUUGAGUCACAAGAGGAAGGCGCAUCCGGUAGAGUUAGCGGCUUUAGCGGCUUCUGGAGAACCAACUAAAAUAACCAUUCUUCCUAAACUCGAACAUUUACAGCCAAAGUAAGACGAUUUAGGUAAGUAUACAUCAAGGAUUGCAUCACUCUCGUCUGUAAUGGAUUGUCCCAAAAUCGAAAUCAAGAAGAGAAAAUGCAUGAAAACAAACGUAUCAUGCUGUAACGAAUAAAAGUCUAUCUUUCGUGAAA